GGUGUCGAGAAAGGAGGCGUGGUUACAGAGAAUGCGGAAGUGGAGGUGCACAGAAACAUUUCAGAAUGUCUUGAAAGCGCACGAGUUUGAUCUAUAAUGACAGCUUCAGAACCAAAACUUAUUUUGUUAUUCAGCGGAAAACGGAAGUCUGGAAAGGACUACGUUACAGAUUUAAUACAAAAAAGGUUGAGUCCAAAGUUGUGCUGCAUUCUCCGGCUUUCUGCUCCACUUAAAGAGCAAUAUGCAAAGGAGCACAGGCUGGACUAUGAGCAACUGCUGGGGCCGGGGCAAUAUAAAGAGCAGCACCGGGCUAAGAUGAUCAGCUGGGGGGAGAACAAGAGGAACCGGGACCCGGGCUUCUUCUGCCGCAAGGUGGUGUGUGGAGCCACUCAGCCUGUAUGGAUCGUGAGUGACUGCAGGCGCAUGUCAGAUUUGCAGUGGUUCUGGGAUGAAUAUCCACAGCGGUGUGCGAGUGUCCGAGUCGAGGCCUCAGAGCAAACCAGGGCUGAGAGGGGAUGGAGAUUCACUGCAGGAGUAGACGAUGCAGAGUCUGAAUGCGGUCUGGAUCAAGGAGUGGACUUUGACUGGACCAUAAAGAACGACGGAGACAUCACUCUUCUCGACAGACAGCUUGAGGGACUUGUCACACUAGCUCGGGAGAGGACACAGGAGCACCAGUGCACACAAGAUAUAAAGUCAAAAGGACAAUGAACAGGAAACUUACCUGUGGAACGGAAGUAUUACGUCCCGUUCACUGGCUAUAGACCAUGUUUGCUUAAAUGAAGGGGAGUUUUUUGCUCUCCAAGAAUGGCGGACAUUUCUUUAUAUUCAGAUUUGCUAAAUUAUGCUGCUUACCUUUGUAUUACAUUUAUGACGACUUACGGUGUCCUUUUCUGAAGGAUUGUGUUGAGUUGAGAAAUUAUUGAAAUGAAACUCAGUCACCAUCUGAAUCCCAAUGAAGACUCGCAUACAUUUUUAGCAAUCAGCAACUGUGUUUAAAUCCCAAGUACCAGCAGUGCCCAAGCGUCUACGUUCAACCUUAAUAGCUUUGCUUGACUUGAUUCUACCUCAAUUUUAGAUAAGACUGUUGAACUAAAAUUAAAAAUUGUACUAUCACAACUCUAACAUUCAAACAGUACGGUUUGCUGUCGUUCAAGUCACAGGUUUAUAUUAAUCGAUCUUUCUAAUAAGUCUUAUCCUGGCAGGAGUCUCUUUUUCAGGAUGACCCCGUCCCCAUCAACAGGACAGACGUGAUUAUUUGAUUUUUUUUUUUUUUAAAGUAAAUUAAAACGCUAUGGCAUAUUUCCACAGAUCUUAUCCUUCUUGAACAUAACUGGGAGAUUUUGGCACAAACCUGAGAUAGCGCUCUAGAUCAUCAAAACACCACAUGAUGCUUUUUAUUUUUUAAAAUUAUAUUAUUAACACCGUUGAAUCGCUCCAGUACAUCUCCAGCAAGUUGUCAAAUCAAAGUCAAGAUGCACUGAAGCUCUUCUAGUGGGCCAACACCCUCAAAGCACGUCCCCCCUCUUCCACCAGUCUAUACAUUUAGGAAAUCCUCCAGGGGCUUCAUUUAUGUUGUAUCCUGUUUACGUGAUACAUGAAUAACCUUCAGAUUUUCGAAGAGUACAUCAGAAAGCGAGCGUUAUGUUCAAACAAACGUUCCUAAGAUUAUGCGGCGUACUUAUAGCAGUAAUCAUUUUAUUCCAGAUUCUCUAGACAUGGAAUUCAAGCGCUGUAGACCAAACAUUGCUUCCUUCAGCCUGUGCUAGCUUGGAAAAUACAGAAACCGCUCAUCGUACCCACUACUUGGCAUUUUUGCCCGAGGCCAGUUACACCUGGAAUUUACAGCACAGCAUUCUGCACAGCUCACACCCUAUUCUUGCUGCAUUUGAUAAAAAUCAGCCUUAUUUUAAAGCACAAAAACAUCAGGUGAUGCCUUUAGCGUGAUUCAGUGAUUAACACUGAAUCUGGAAGUGUCGCGGAGAUGCAUAUGUUGAGAAAAAGCACAAACAUUAGAAACGCAGGGCCUAUAAGGACAGCCUGUGCGAUUUCCUGAAUCUUCACCCAACAUCUCAUUCCAGACUUGGUCCUCCUUUGUUAUAACCACAUCUAUUCUGGCUAGGAUGGUUGUGAGGAUUUUUGUUCAACCACAUGGGCAUUAGUGAGAUCAGGCACUGAUGUUGAACAAGGAUGUCUGUUCUAGUUCAGGACCACUUGUACUACGUUCACACUGCAAGGCUUAAUGCUCAAUUCCGAUUUUUUUGUGAGGUUGUUCACAUUAACAAAUAUAUGCGACUUGUAUGUGAUCCUCAGUAUGAACGAAAAGCGACCUAAAAGUGUUCCGCAUGCGCAUUGCAGGAUACGACGACGUCACAUGCAGUGAGCAUGGCCAGUGUUUACGGAAGUAACCUAAAAAGUUUCCUGUGUAUGACAGUAGCCAGCAUGGAGUACCUGGCGAUGAUGCAGUUGUUGUUGCGACGGAGCCAGAACAUGCACAAUAGCCUGAUGUUAACGAGGUUGAGAAGGAAGAGGGCAAGGGUUUCGGCUCAGGCGUUCUGCGGGGUAGUGACUGCAACCUCCGUUCAAAGGAACAUCAAAGCCAUGUUGUUGUAACUUUUUUGAGAGACCCGCCGCCUACUUCAGCGCAGAAUAGUGACGUUUGUGGCUUGUUGAUGACGUGUAAGUCGGAUGAAUGCGACCUGGCGGUUCAGACUGAAGUCGCAUAUGAAAAGAUCGGAUAGGAAUCGGAAUUAGGACCGCAUAUCCAAACGGCCUGGGUCGGAUUUGAAAAAAUUGGAUCUGUGUCGUUCAGAUUGUCAAUAAAAGAUCGGAUACAGGUCACAUAUGGGCAAAAAAAAUCGGAUUUGAGUCACUUCAGCCUGCAGUGUGAACGUAGUGUUGAGUUCUUUCCACUCCAACCUUGGCACACCACGUCUUCAUGGACCUUAUGUUGGAACAGGUUUGGGCCUCAGUCGCAGGGAACGGAGAUUACAGUUCUACAGCAUUCUAUACAAGUUGUGCUUCCAACAUUGUGGCAAGAGUUUGAAGAAUUACAGUACAUAGACAAGAGUCAGGCAUCAUGUUCAAUUCAGUUAAUAUGGAGGUUCUGGCUGUUAAAGGAGGCAAGUCAGUCUCUCGAAAGACAUGACAAGUGGUUGAAUGAACUAAACAGUAGUGGGUUUCCCAAAAGCCUCUUAAUGCUAAGAGCAUUUUAACCAAGUGUUCAUUUGUGUUGCUUGCUCUACCAUUUAACCAUCUGUGCGUUAUGAUGCUUUUGGGAAACUUGGCAUUGACCAUACGCAUCAAAACCCGUUAACAGUUGGCAUCCAGGACCUCCUUACACCCAAUGCCAUCAUUUUCCUUCUUUCCAAAGCAGCUCAAGUUAAAGCUUUUAAAAAUAAUCCAAAAAACCUUCGCCUUUGACAUCACUGAAAAACAAUCCCAGAAAGCUCAUCAAGUGUUAUAGUACUUUAUUAAAAAAAAAACAAAUUUUGA